AUGACCAAACAACACAAAGUGGUUCACGAGGCUCACAACGUGGAGCUGCGUGAGGCACCCGAGCAUUUCUACAAGUCGCAGCCCGCCCCGGGUCACGUGACGUCCAUGGACCAGUACCGCGAGAUGUACGAGCAGUCCAUCCAGGACCCAGAGGGCUUCUUCGGGCCCAUGGCGCGCGAGCACCUCCACUGGGACCGUCCCUUCACCAAGGUGUGCGCCGGCUCGCUCGAGAACGGCGACGCGUCUUGGUUCCUAAACGGUGAGCUGAACGCCUCGUACAACUGUGUCGACAGACACGCCUUCGCUAACCCUUCCAAGCCCGCGCUUAUCUACGAGGCCGACGACGAGAAGGACAACCGCGUCGUGACCUUCGGCGAGCUGUUGCGCCAGGUUUCCGAGGUCGCCGGCGUGCUCAAGAGCUGGGGUGUCAAGAAGGGCGACACCGUCGCCGUCUACCUGCCAAUGAUCGCCGAGGCUGUUGUUGCCAUGCUUGCGGUUGCCAGACUUGGCGCUAUUCACUCUGUUGUCUUUGCCGGGUUCUCCGCGGGCUCCUUGAAGGAGCGUGUGGUCGACGCGGGCAGCAGAGUCGUCAUUACCUGCGACGAGGGCCGCAGAGGUGGUAAGACCGUCCACACCAAGAAGAUCGUGGAUGAGGGUCUAGCUGGCGUUGACUCCGUCUCGCACAUCCUGGUGUUUCAGAGAACUGGCUCUGCCGGCAUCCCAAUGAAGCCAGGCCGUGACUUCUGGUGGCACGAGGAGACCGCCAAGCACCGCGGCUACCUACCUCCAACCCCUGUCAAUGCCGAGGACCCUCUGUUCUUGCUAUACACUUCCGGUUCCACCGGUUCUCCAAAGGGUGUCGUCCAUUCGACCGCCGGCUACCUGCUAGGUGCCGCGUUGACCACCAAAUACGUUUUCGAUAUUCAUCCACAAGACGUCCUAUUCACUGCCGGUGACGUGGGCUGGAUUACUGGCCACACCUACGCUCUGUACGGUCCUUUGGCUCUCGGUACCGCCACCAUCAUUUUCGAGUCAACUCCAGCGUACCCAGACUACGGUAGAUACUGGAGAAUAAUCGAGCGUCACAAGGCCACCCACUUCUACGUGGCUCCUACCGCGCUACGACUAAUCAAGCGCGUGGGCGAGGCUGAAAUCUCGAAAUACGAUACCUCUUCGCUCAGAGUGUUGGGUUCUGUCGGUGAACCUAUUUCUCCUGACUUGUGGGAAUGGUACCACGACAAGGUCGGUAACAAGAACUGUGUCAUUUGCGAUACCAUGUGGCAAACUGAGUCCGGUUCUCACUUGAUUGCGCCGCUAGCCGGUGCUGUCGGCACGAAGCCAGGUUCUGCCACUGUUCCAUUCUUCGGCGUUGACGCCUGUCUCAUCGACCCAGUUUCUGGUGAAGAGCUCAAGGGCAACGACGUUGAAGGUGUUCUGGCUGUCAAGUCUCCAUGGCCAUCCAUGGCCAGAUCCGUGUGGAACAACCACUCGCGUUACAUCGAGACCUACUUGAAGCCUUAUCCAGGUUUCUACUUCACUGGCGACGGUGCCGGUAGAGACCACGACGGCUACUACUGGAUUAGAGGUAGAGUCGACGACGUGGUCAACGUUUCUGGCCACAGACUUUCUACGGCUGAGAUCGAGGCCGCACUGGGUGAGCACGACGGUGUCUCGGAGUCUGCCGUUGUGGGUAUCACCGACGAGCUGACGGGUCAGGCCGUCAUUGCUUUCGUGUCUUUGAAAGACGGUUACUUGCAAGAAAACGCUUCCGAAGGCGACAUGGCCCACAUUACUCCCGACAAUUUGCGCCGCGAGCUGGUGCUCCAGGUUAGAGGCGAGAUCGGCCCAUUCGCCGCUCCUAAAUCCGUCGUUGUGGUCAACGACUUACCAAAGACCAGAUCCGGUAAGAUUAUGAGAAGAGUCCUGAGAAAGGUGGCCUCUAACGAGGCGGACCAGUUGGGCGACAUGUCCACCCUGGCGAACCCGGACUGCGUUCCAUCCAUCAUUUCUGCCGUGGAAAACCAGUUCUUGAUUCAAAAGAAGAAAUAA